AUGAGCAUUCAAUUCGAUAUUAUAAUGAGGCCAGAAAUCCGCUUGGAUGCAAAAUGGCUCAAAACAGAUUUGAAACGUAUCCUCUAUCGGGAUGGUUUAGCUGAACUUUGGAAUGAAAUGGUACGAGAUGGAGAAAUUGUGGGUUCCUUUAGCGAUGGCAUAGUCAAUGCUGCAGGCAUAAUAGCUAGAAAAGGUGAAAGUGGUCAUUAUUAUUGUAACAUGGGUGUAUUAGCAUGUCCUUGUUGCAAUGGAAUUUGUGGUCCACAGCAUGGUUGCAAUUGUGGACCUUGCCAAAAAUUAGAUGAAGAAGAAGCAGCAAGAACAAGUGCAUUUGUAGAAAAACGUAUAUUAGCUGAACACAUAAUGGAUUCUUGGCUUUGGGGAUCUCAGCCUUCUAUUUGCGAUUUAACAACAUGUAUUAAUUUACUAAUCAAGGAGCAAAGAAAAUUAUGUUAUGAAGUUGCAAACAGUACCUUGUCUGCUACUCGAUUAAGACAACGUUUGGUAGUAGCAAGACGAUAUUUUACGGCUCUUUCUCGUCAUAAACCGCAGGAAACUACAGAUAUUUCAACAACAUUAAAACCUACUGCUAAGUUACAAAAAAUCGUAAGGCCGAAUGAAAAGCCAACAUUGGGUUUAGCGCGUGUGGGAUCUCGUGCAGCGUUAAAUUUCUCAUUCGCAUAUUUAAGACGGGCUUGGCGAUCUGGAGAAGAUGUAGAAUUUUGCAGCGAGCUUUUAUCCGAGUCGUUGGAAGCCUUGCAAUCGUUACCUGAAGCUACACUUUUUGACGAAACUAAUGUUUCUCAAGUAUGGUUAGAAGUAGUGGAACGAUCAGCGAAAUUUUUAAGACAAGUUGUUACAGGGGACAUAGUUAGUGGAAGAUCAUGGUGUCCUAUUCCAAUAGCCGAUCAGCACACAGCUCUUUGUUUGUUAUUAGAAUUGGUGACACAAAGAGCUACAUUAUCAAGUUUAUUAGAUUCUGUUUGUUUGUUACUUCAUCUAAGUGGUAAACACAAACAUCAAGAUAAUCGGGUAAUGCCACCUGGAAGCACGGCACCGUUGAUACCAUUAUUGAGACGAUUAAAUAUGAUACCAGCUUCUAAGUCAAGACGAACAGACGCAAACAUUGCACCGGGUCCUUGCGAAGUUUUACUGAAGUAUUUGAGGCUUCCUGAAGAUGAUUCCACGUCUGUAGAUUUACGAAAAGCUGCAGUUAUAAUAAUGUGCAAUCUGAGUAGAUUAGCUGCUCCUCUCCUGCCUCCAAUUAUCACUGAUAGAUUCCAGAAGAAUCAGAAUCAAACGUUUCAAGAAGUUCUAAGUUGGGGAAGCGGAAAAUUAAGCAGUGGAUCAUCUCCAUUUUAUUGUGAUGCGAUUGCAGAGCUUGGGAUCAAACAACUUUGUUGUACCGAAAGAGCUUUGAUGAUUCUUUCAAUUAGUGGAAACGUUUACAUGAUGUAUUACGGGUCAGAAACUCAAUAUCCCCAAAGAGUAUACGGAUUUUCAGAGAAGCCGGUUACAAUGAUUGCCUCUCAUUCUGACGGUACGCACUAUUUAGCCUUAACACAAGAUAGUUCCGUUUAUUCGUGGGGGAAUGGUGAUGGUGGACGAUUAGGUCACGGAGAUAGAGUAUGGUAUGAUGAACCAAAGCUGGUCGAAGCACUAGUUGACAAGAAUAUUACAUUCAUAGCAUGCGGAAGUACGUAUUCGGCAGUUCUUAGUUCGAACGGUGAAUUGUACACAUGGGGAAGAGGAAAUUACGGAAGGCUGGGUCAUGGAAAUUCAGACAACGUCUUGAUUCCUACGUUAGUGACCGCUCUAAACGGACACAUGGUUGUGUAUGUGGCAUGCGGUAGUGGAGAUUCACAGACUUUAUGCGUCACAGCGUCUGGUAUAGUAUUCUCGUGGGGUGACGGGAAUUAUGGAAAGCUUGGUAGAGGAGGCUGCGAUGGAUCUAAGACACCAAAGAUAGUUGAUAAGUUGUUGGAUAUAAACGUGGCAAAAGUGUAUUGCGGUGGACAAUUUUCGGCAGCUUUAACUGCAUAUGGUGAAGUUUAUACCUGGGGAAAAGGAGAAGGUUAUCGGCUGGGACAUGGUAACGAGGAACAUAUUAGAUAUCCAAAAGUGAUCGAGGUAUUGAAGCCAAAAAAAGUGAAAGAAUUAUGUGUAGGAAAUUUUCAUGUAUUGGCAUUAACAGAGGAUCAAUUGGUAUAUGGAUGGGGUAGAAACGAUUAUGGUCAAAUAGAUCCGGCAUUGGGCACUAUUGUGCCUGAACCGACUCUUUGUCCAACGUUAUCUGGCAAGAAUAUAAUCGGUUUAGCUUGUGGACUGACACAAAGUUUUGCGUGGUGCACAUCAGCUUGGUCAGUCGCGAACAGAGUAGCUUUCGUUGUGGAUAUCUGUGAGGAAACUUUCCGAUUGUUGGAUACGUUAUUGAACAAGGUAUGCGAAGGAUUGCCAGGCACACGGCCACCUACCCAGGAUCGUGAAUGUUUAGCGGUCGCAACUUUGAAUUUGAUCCGAUUACAACUACACACAAUGAUAACUCAUAACAUCGAUAGCAAAUCAGUCGGAUUAUCAAAUACUCCAUUAUUAAGCUCGUUGAAACAACGAUGUGUUACGCUCGCAAGCAGCUCCGGCAUUCUAGCUACUAUCCAAGAAGCAGCUCAAGCCGUUUUACAGACUGGUUGGAGCAUCUUACUGCCGACAGCGAACGAACGCGCAAAAACAUUAUCGAAUUUCUUGUCGAAAGCGAAUUGCAGCAGUUUUGAGCAAGUAAAUGCUAGCAACGGCCAGCAGUUCAUGGCAGACUUGUUAGUUUCUAGCCUAAUGGCGGACGGCGGUCUGGAAUUAGCGUUGAAGACCGCGGUGAAGGCGGAGACGAGCGAGCUCGCCGACGAGAAGGAAUUUCUCGCGAGUAGUAACGUGAGCAAACCAACCGAUACGAAACAAGCAAAAGAAUUGAAUUCAGAAAAAAACAACACGAGUAUAUCGUUGUUACAAUUGGUGAAACAAUUGAUCAAAAACGGCACAUGUAUCACGCAGUCUAGGUUACUGCUCAGUCAACAAUUGGUUCGUAGUCACGAGGAAUCGCAAAGAAACGAUAACUCUCCAAGUUUGAAUCUUCUUUUAAAAUUUCAACGAUUACUAAUUGCUCAAGUAUACGAGUGUAUUGAUGACGUUGGAACGAAGAAGUUGCGCGAUCAAGAAAUGCUUGGUGCGGAAUCUCUUUUAAAGAAAUAUCUCUCCCAAAUUUGCAUUCACAUAAUCGAAAUAAUGUCUUUCGCGGCUGAAUUAGCCAACACCAGCAUCAAACAGUUCGUAUUCGUUAGUACUGUUCUAAGAGGCGACAUUGUAAACGUUUUGCUACCCGAACUGAUUACUUGCCUUAUUUUGUUGCAACUUGACUAUCCAUUGUUACUUCUAAAUAUGAAUUGGAUGGAUGUAAUGGCGCCGAUGUUGGACGCACUCGAUCGAUUUAACAAAUUGGUGCCGACGAUAGAGAAAAGCGAAACGGACGAUCUUUCUUGGCCAGGCAUCAUAGCCCCGCAACAUGGCAAUAAAAUAUCUAUUUCGGAUGAACCUUCGACCAUUCGUUGGGCCGACUUGGAGAACCACAAUCGCGAUGGCGGCCUUUGGGUGGUAGUAAACAACAACGUAUAUGAUGUUCAAGAUGUUCGAUUCGACGGAAGAUCAAAUUCGUUGGAAGGUCUUCAAAGAACCGUGACUAACUGGGAUGUUAGCUCCGGUACCGAAACAAACAUGUCAUCUUCUCGUGGCCAACUACCGCGAACCAUGAUGGAUUCUUAUUUCGUUGGGCAUUAUUGCCAUUCCGAGCCGGAAAACACUGAGAUUACGAUUGACGUGACAGACGUAUGCUCUUGUUUACUUGACACGGAAAGAGCUUUAGGUUUUCUUUUAGGAUUACACUCUCAUAGGAUGCGGCAGAGUUUACCGUUACAAACUGCCGAAGAGGAAGCCGGUCGCUGGUUAAACGCGAACUUUUUUCGAGGUGGAUUGCAAAUCUUACAACCACCGAAUCCUUACGAGGAGGAGAAAGGAGAAGCGAGGAGUAAUACCUCGACAGCCGCGAAUUCACCGACGGAACCUCCCCUUCCUAUCCGUACCAAGAAUGAACUACAAAAGGAACGACGAGAGGAUGAUCGAGUUACAACGUUCAUUUACGCCCUAGCCGAGACUCAUAAAACCGACGCUCAAGUGCAUUCCUUCCUAACGAUAGUCGACAAAUAUUCGAAAGCGAAUAAUCUUUUAGCGCAUACCGAAUUUUGCGGCGAUCACCCGUUGGAGGAAGUUAGCCGACUUUUAAUGGCGGUUAUAUUAAAGCAUCUUGCGCUGGGUUAUCAGGCGAUAAACUUAAUCGAUCAUCAAGAAACAGGAAAUGAAAGUAGUCCGAAACUUACCAAACAAUUGGCCGAAGUGAUUAGAGCGAUUCAUCAAACCAAAUGGAAUUUAAUCAGGAUCAGACAACAACAGAAUAGAAGUUACAAGGAGGUGUGUGCUCCAGCCCAAGAGAAGUGUAGGUUUCUUUUGCACGAGGUGAGGUCCGCGACCAGUUAUGAGAUUAAAGGGCUACAGGAUCUAAAGUUAUUGUACACUGUUGCGAAAUUUCGGAAAACGGUCAAAACGAUGAUUAGGGACAUUCGAAAGAACAAAGAUUCCACGCCGAGCAAGCCGGAAGACAUUCUAAACGCUUCGAUUCAGAAUGCAAAAUCGAAAAACAAAUCCGACGAAGAUACAUCAAUCGUAUCGGCAACAACGAUGAUGACGCCAGUAACGAUGACGAUGUCAACAACAACUUCAACAACGACUAUGACGUCAUCGACAAUGAUAACAACAACGACAGCGGCCAUGAUAACGACGACGUCGACGAUGACGACGACGACGACGACGACGAUGGCAACAACGAUGAUGACGUUAAUGACAACAAUGACGACGACAACAACAACGUCUACACAAACGCCAACGGCAACGCCAACGAGUACGAUGACUACGUUAACACAAAUGUCAACACCGAUGCAGACAUUGACACUAAGCUCGAUCUCGAUUCCGAGUUCGACUCAGAAAGAAACGAGCGGCAAACAGUCGCUUGCAUCGCCGAGAUUAGAAAAUUUAUCAGGUAACAAGAAAACUAAGAUUACAGAAAGAAUGAGACAGAGAACUUUGAAUAUCGAUUCAAACGAAUUGAUGGUAAAUAUUAUAAAUUUUGUGAUCACCGAGGACGGUGGAGACGUAGAAACUCUACGUCGAGCCAUGUAUUGUCAGAUGCAGCGGGCAAAAUUACGCGAGCAAGGAAUCCUAAUGAUGCAACAAUUGCUGAAGAAGGAUUAUUUGAUAACAUCGGUAAAGUAUUCGUUGUUAAACGGUUGGCUCGGCCUAUCCCACGAGAAUAAGUCUUUAGCUGAUGGAAUAACGCAUUGCCUCGAAAACAUUCAGUCGGUAACACCCUAUCAGAAAUCGAAGAUUAUUCUGGCCGAGGCAGAAGUAACUUCUUGGGCGGUGCAAGCUUUGCGAGCGUACGUUGUUCAGGCAGAAUUGCCGAGCAAUCAAAAACCAGCGAAAAUCAGCGAUAAGAGCAGUUUGAAUCAAGGAACGUACACUUGGCUGCGAAAGUUGCCUAGGGCAAGAUUUUUGUUGACUAUAUUAGGCAUACUAACCAAUUAUCAGCAUGCAAACGAAGUCGGAUUAUUAAUAAAUUCUGGUUGUGUUUCGAGUAUUUUAACAUUACUCAGGCAGAUCGGACCAUCGACAUCCACGGAGACGGACGCAGACGCCGAAGCGGACGCGGAUGCGAAACCAAAAGAUGCGCCGGUGACGGUUAUAUACGAGGACAGUUUGGAGAGGAGCAAACCGCAAAGCAUUCAAUUGACUGGUAGCGAAUUGGCGGCUAUGAUGAAAAUUGGUACAAGAGUGGUACGCGGUGUAGAUUGGAAGUGGGGAGAUCAAGAUGGUCCUCCACCGGGUGAAGGUCAAGUGAUCGGAGAACUCGGCGAAGACGGCUGGAUUCGCGUACAAUGGGACAACGGCACCACCAAUUCGUAUCGCAUGGGGAAAGAAGGAAAAUAUGAUUUAAAACUAGCCGAACCGCCAACACCACCAGAAACCGACAGCGAGAGUGAUACGCCGCACAAUCUGGCUAAAAACGAUAAAAGAAACGAUUUGUUGGACAUGCACCCGACCACUUGUCUAAAAUCCGCCUCCGUUACCGUACUCCGCGUUCUUUUAUUCUGUUGCGGCAUCGAAGCUGACCGGGUCACCCCGUCCGCCAUAAAGAUACUCGCCUCUGUGUUACUCGGUAUCGUAUCUGCUGCGUACAAGUCCGAGUUUAACGCGCACUCUCAGCUCGCGCGAGAACACCACGAAACUUGGGCAACUCUUGGUUCGUUGAGAGCAAUCGCCAAGUCUACGGAACUCUGUAAAUCUCUGAGCACCAGGGCCUGGAUCAAUUUCCUUUUGAACAUAAUUGCCGAACAAAGGAAUCCUGAUUUGGAAAAACAGAUAAUGGCGGUGCGUCUACUCACCGUUGUUUUACCAUCUUGGUCAGCCGACAAUCCUAUCCAGAUGCCCUUCCUUGAAAAAGUCUUCCGUAUAUUAGGACAUAUCGCCCUUAGCUGCAAUCUGGGUGUUUCCUCAGAACUUUAUUCAAAUAAAUGUCGCGUCUCCUUGACCGCUUCUCAUAGUUCCACCGUGGUCGAGGAGCUUGUUUCGCUGACCAGAUUUUUGCAUUCCCUCUCAAAGUGGAACGCGACUGUGAACGCUUUUCUCGCUUCGAAGCUAUCACUCGCGUCGGACUUAUUAAGCGAUGGUCCACUCUUUCAUAUACAAUUGAACGAGAACGGAGGUGAGAAUAGCGUAAACAUACAGGAUACGGUGAUGGCGGCUCUCAUCGUCGUCGGAGGUCUCGACGAUAGACCGAGGAUCGGUGGUUUGGUUGAAGUUGACAGACAGGUCGGUACCAUAUGCAAAUUUACCAAGCAUUCGAAGAUUCUCGUACAGAUACAUGAUGAAACGAACGGUGACGCGCGCAAGAAGAUUCUGUUUUUCAAUAUGAAGCGACUCUGCGAAAAAUUCCGUUUGGAUCGAAUGCCUAUGCCUGAUUCUUUCGUGUCUACUUGGGCUAAUUUGUUGUUGGGUCAUCGGGGAAUGGACAAGAGACCGAACGGUAUGCCGGUAAUAGCUGGUUCUGUGAACGCAUCUAUUCUACGUAAUCAACAGCAACAACUUGCUGCGUUGAACGCCGGAAAAGCUUUGUUGGAUUAUCAGACAAAAUUAAGAAAGAUACUGAAAUACGUGAUUGACAGUAAUAACAGUAGCAGCAAUAGCAACUGCAGCAAUGGUAACAACAACAAUAACAGUCAUAACAACAACAAUAACAACAAUCACCAGCACGGCCAUCACCAUUAUCAUCACCAUCAUCAUCGUUAUCAUCAUCAUCAUCACUAUCAUCUCCAUCAUCAUCAUAAUAACGGACACAUCGACGAGGAGAGUGGUUGCGACGUUGAUGGCCGGCAAUGGGACAAGGAUGGAAUUAAAUGUGCCAUGGUUACUGUUGGUCGUAUCGAUCAGGUCGAUGCCGAUCACGGUGGAAACAACGACAACAACGACGACGCCAACGACGUGGAAGAGAAUGAUAAUGAGGAGAACGAUGAUGAUGGUAACGACGACGACGAGGAGGAGGAAGGCGAGGACGAUAAUAUCAUAGCGAAUAUAGUCGACAGUAGCAGAAACAACGGUAAUAGUAGCAACAGCGAUAAAAACAAGAACAUCAACAACAAUGACAAGUUUGAGAACGUUGGAAGCAGUAAUCGAAACCAUGAACGCGUUGAAGGUAAUCUCGUCAACGGCGACAUGGAUGGCGAAGAUAAUUAUAUAGAUGUCACGAAUAGCAACGUCGAUGGUAGAGGAGAUGGUCGCACUAGACGGACGACUCUGUUCCAAGAGAUGUUAAUACGAGCUACGAAACCGCAACCAUUGAAGCCGAUAUUUAAACUUAAGGAAUUGGAAGAGGCCGCUCUGGCGGUUUCUCAAUAUUUAGCUUCCGAACUGAGACAUUCGCCGAUUCAAGGAACGACGACUACGAUGACAUCGACAGCGGCGACGAUCGCUGGGCCUGGAAUGGGAAUAGGAACAGCAUCAACAUGCGGUUUAGCAUCUGCGUCCGCAUCAGCGUCAGGAACGGCUAUGGCAAUGACAGCAGGUCCAUUUUCGGAACCAGAUUCUCCCGCAUCCGAUUGUUCCUUGGUAUCGUUGACGUCUAGUCAAAGGAAACAUUGCAGAAGUAGCGGAAGGAAAAGUCCUCCGCCGAUGAGUCCUCUUGUUGCGCAAUUGACGGAAAUGGGUUUUCCAAAGAGGAGCGUGGAAUUUGCGAUCAAAAGUUUGAGCACGGCAGUUGGGCUCAUCACGGCAGAAAGCGUGGUGGCCUGGCUCCUUGAAAAUCCUGACGCAGCGUUGAGUGAUAGCGAAACGUUAUCCAGUGUAUAUGGGUUAUCCGAUCCGGAGGAUUCGACGAGCGAAAAUAUCGACGAAUCCCCGUCGACGCACGACGCUGUUUCUUCUUCGAUGAUACCGCCGAAUUAUAUGAAACGUUCCGAUUUCUUGUCAGUUGACGAAUACGCGAUCUACGUAAGGGAUAAUCUAAUACCGGGUAUGUUAGUACGGUGCUGUAAAAGCUACGAGGAAGUGGAAUACGGCGACGUUGGUCAGGUGAUAAAAAUCGACCCGGAAGGUUUACACGAUUUGAAUGUUCAAGUUGCGUGGCAGCGCAAAGGCGGUACUUAUUGGGUAAGAUUCAUCCACAUAGAACUUCUUGGUCAUCCGCCAGCGAUACCAGGCCCAGCCACGCUGAAGAUUGGUGAUAAAGUAAGAGUGAAGGCUUCAGUGACCGUACCUAAGUAUAAAUGGGGUACGGUGAACCAUCAAAGCGUCGGAGUGGUUACAAGCAUAAUAAACAACGGGAAAGAUGUGUCGGUCGAUUUUCCGCAACAAAGCGGUUGGACCGGUUGCGCGAUAGAAAUGGAGCGAGUCCCCUCCUGUCACCAUUCGGUCUCGUGCAAUUCUUGCCACCUGUUACCGAUAUCCGGCCCGCGAUUUAAAUGUAAGUAUUGUGAGAGUUAUAAUCUCUGCGAAAACUGUUUUUAUACGAAACGAUGCCACCGACACGGGUUCAAUCGAAUCGUGGAGCCAGGUUCGGCGGCGGUAUAUGCCGGCAAGCCGGGAAGGUAUCACAGGCAAGACUACACGGAAUCGUCCUUGAUCGACGACUGGUCCAAAUGUAUACGAACAUUGAGCGUUUCCUCGCGAGAAAGUUGGGCGACACGUCUAGUCGAUGGAUCUGGUCUUUACUGGCAGAGUUGCGGUUCUCAGGGAAAGCAUUGGAUUCGUAUGGAAAUGUUGCCGGGCAUACUGGUGCAUUCGCUAAAAAUAAUGGUGAAUCCGCAAGACAGCAGUUAUAUGCCAUCGCUGAUCGCGGUAAACGUUGGCGAGUCGUUCAAUAGUUUGGUAGAAUUGGCAACGAUCAGCGUACGGCGUACUGACACGAGCGUUCUCUUACUCCAGGAUACCAAAGAAUAUUAUUCUUGCAUCGAAAUAGCGAUCAAGCAAUGCCGAAACGGUGGGAUAGAUUGCAAGAUACGCGGCCUUCAAAUAAUCGGCAAGAGAAAAAUGUUUGAGAAUCAUUUGGCAACGUCCGUUUCAUUUUUGGCCUCGGAUUGGGAGAUCGUUCAAGAGCAGAUGAACUUGCAGCAUGGAUCCGAGCCACCGCCCCAACAUUCGGCUGUCUACGUCUGGGGAUUGAAUGACAAAGAUCAACUCGGCGGACUGAAAGGAUCGAAGAUUAAGUUACCGGUUUACAGCGAAGUUCUCUCGAAAUUAAAACCUAUUCACAUCGCUGGUGGCAGUAAAACUUUGUUCGUGGUUAGCCAGGAAGGGAAACUGUACGCCUGCGGAGAAGGAACGAAUGGUCGACUCGGCCUUGGGGAUGACAGCAACGUGUGCGAACCGAAGCUCAUUCCGUUCUUGAGCCAGUAUAUGAUCAAAAAGGUAGCUGUACACUCGGGUGGAAAGCACGCGUUGGCCCUCACCCAGGACGGCAAAAUCUUCUCAUGGGGCGAGGGGGAGGAUGGCAAGCUCGGUCACGGGAAUUCUGUUUCCCUGGAUAAGCCAAGGCUGAUCGAAUCUUUAAAGUCAAAAAGGAUACGUGAUAUCGCGUGUGGGUCUGGACACUCGGCUGCGAUAACAAGCAGCGGAGAACUAUACACCUGGGGACUAGGGGAGUACGGAAGAUUGGGCCACGGCGACACAGCCACGCAAAUGAAGCCGAAACUGGUACAAUCUCUAGUCGGUCAGCGCGUGAUACAGGUCGCGUGCGGUAGCAGGGAUGCGCAGACAAUGGCAUUGACAGCUGACGGAUCGGUAUACUCAUGGGGUGACGGAGAUUUCGGUAAACUGGGUCGGGGAGGCAGCGACGGUUGUUACACGCCCUUGUUGAUCGACCGGUUGAAUGGUUUGGGAGUAGUGCAGAUCGAAUGCGGGGCUCAAUUUUCCCUGGCAUUGACGAAAUACGGAGAGGUAUGGACGUGGGGCAAAGGCGAUUACUUUCGACUUGGUCACGGUAACGAUCAUCACGUUCGAAAACCAACGCUGGUCGAAGGACUUCGUGGAAAGAAGGUAGUACAUGUGGCUGUUGGUGCUCUUCAUUGCUUAGCGGUUACGGACACUGGGCAAGUAUACGCUUGGGGUGACAAUGACCAUGGUCAACAGGGAAAUGGUUCGACGAUCGUUAAUAAGAAGCCAUCACUGGUGCAUGAAUUGGACGAUGCGAGAGUUAAUCGGGUAUCUUGCGGCUCCAGUCACAGUAUUGCCUGGGUCUUGACCGAUCAACCGGCAACCAACAAUCACGAACCUGUCAUGUUCCCAACCGAGAAAGAUCCACUUGGUCAAAUAUCGCUAACAUUCAAAAGCAUUGUGAACCACGGUACAGAUGCAACGGAUUCGAACGGCUGCCCAGUACCCUCUUGCUCCACAAUAUCGUCUACCAUUCCCUCCGCGAAUAGCGACGAAAUUACCAGCACCGGUGACACGAUCGUUCACAAUUCCGGCCAAUCCUGCGGCAACAGACCUUCUCUCUCGAGCAUCAUUCUCUCGCUAGAAAGUAACGUAGCGAAACAACAAGCAUUGCAACACGUGAUAAACGCUCUUCGUAUAAUACAAGCUCGAAUCAUCGUAGUGACAGCAUUGCAAAGUCAUUCGACGUUAAAAUCCAACACUGGCAAUACCGGUGGCAAUGUUUAUGGUAUUAAUAUUGGAAACGGUGGUACGGUAGGUUGCUUGGCGAGCGAAGUGACGGCACCGGACGGAACUGUUACCGUUGGGUCGACCAACGUCGCCUCAGGAAGUAGUCAUAGUCACGUCUAUCAGAAUGUGGGAGACAGCGCGCAAGGUGGUGGAGAAGCACCAGCGAACGCGGCAGAAUUGGUUAAUCUGGUAAAUAACAGUCCGCGAACGAGUCCCGAGUCCGAAGAUUAUCCGUUAGCGGCGGUGUUUCCCUCGAUGUCCAGUUCGGCCAGUUUGUCUUCACGUGCCUCAAAGAUGUCAAGCAGUGCGAUGAGCGUGAUCGCAGCUACUCUUACCUCUAAUGCUCAAAUAGUUGGUGAAGGACCCGCCGCGGAUCCUAACUUGGAUGAUUUUACAUGCACGUUGACAGAGGAGGACGCCAGAAUGCUGGUCGAUCUUCUAAAAUUGGCGGUUGCCAAUAGAAUAUGCAGAGGGGCGAAAGAGACGAUAUCCUCGGUACUAAUCGCACUAGCAAAAACGAACCAUUCGAUUCGUAGUAUGGUGCUGGAGCUUUGUAUCACUGAACUGGAAGACACGGUGGUAAAUUCGGGUAAUAGAAGCAACGUACCUCAACCGGUCGUACAAGAAAGUCCACAUCCGUACAUAGAUGGUACCACGUUGACCGGGCAUGUGAAGGUACCCGGCGCGGAAGCUCUCAGAGUUGAAUUCGACCGACGUUGCUCUACCGAAAGACGUCAUGAUCCGUUGACCAUCAUGGAUUCCAGCAAUCGAAUACUAGCUGUGAAAUCUGGCAGAGAAUGGAGCGAGUGGGCCUCCGAGAUUCGAAUCUCGGGCGACGAGCUCAGAUGGAGAUUCUCCUCGGACGGAUCGGUGAACGGUUGGGGAUGGCGAUUCACCGUCUAUCCUAUACUCGCGAGCCUCGCACCGCAUGAGCUAGUCUCAGACAGAGCUGUUCUGUCACAGCCAGCUAUCGCGCUUGCUGAAUCUCUUUUGGACAACACCCUGGUCACCUUGGAUAGGAAUAUCGCCACUCGAUUAGCUGCCACCCUGGCUCAGUGUAGUCAACUGAGCGUAUUAUCCGCUCAGCAACGAAUGUGGGCGUUAAAAAAGUUGCAAGUCGUUUACACUAGUGGACCGGGCAUACGUCCAGAAGUCGCGCUUUCUUCGCUCCUCGGCUCUUUACCUCAAGCAUUACUCAAACAAUACACCUAUGAAGAUCCUUUGGUUCGCGGUGGGAAGCAGUUGAUGCACAGCGACUUUUUCAAGGUUCUUGUCGCGCUUGCCUGUGACCUCGAAUUAGACACGAUGCAAUGCUGCUCGGAAAUUCACAAAUGGUCUUGGUUCCGAAGGUACUGUCUAUCGGCACGGGUCGCCAAGUCUCUCGUAAAUCGGACACGCCUUCCAAAAGCGUUUUGUCUCGAAGUUACCAAAAGAAUUAACGAGAUGAUCACGGACGGAGAGGGAAAUACCAAGGAUCAUGAGAGUCACGAGUUAUUCAAGCAGGAACACGACGAGCAACUGUUACAGUGGCUGAACCGCAGGCCGGAAGAUUGGACAUUAUCGUGGGAUGGUUCCGGAGCAAUUUAUGGUUGGGGACAUAAUCAUCGCGGCCAAUUGGGUGGACUUGAGGGAGCAAAAGUGAAACUACCUGUCCUCUGUGAGAGCUUGUCUGCGCUUCGACCCGUUCAGCUCACUGGUGGAGAACAAACUUUAUUAGCGGUCACUGCUGACGGGAAGGUCUAUGCAACCGGUUACGGUGCCGCCGGGCGUCUAGGUAUCGGAGGAACGGAUUCUGUUAUGGUACCGACUCUUUUAGAAUCCAUCCAGCAUGUUUUCGUUAAGAAGGUGGCCGUCAAUUCAGGAGGUAAACACUGCCUUGCUCUAAGUUCUGAGGGACACGUUUAUUCUUGGGGAGAAGGAGACGACGGAAAAUUAGGUCAUGGAAACAGGUUGAUGUACGACCGACCGAAAUUAAUCGAAGAGUUAUUGGGGACCGAGAUUGUUGAUAUAGCUUGCGGUGGCCAUCAUAGCGCAGCAAUCACGAGUGCCGGUUGGCUUUAUACUUGGGGAAAAGGUCGAUACGGACGACUAGGUCAUGGAGAUAGCGAAGAUCAAUUAACACCCAAACUAGUCGAAGCUCUGCAAGAUUAUAAAGUAAUCGACGUAGCAUGCGGAAGCGGUGACGCGCAGACUCUUUGUGUUACCGAUGAUGAUAACGUUUGGAGUUGGGGCGAUGGAGACUAUGGAAAAUUAGGUAGAGGAGGUAGCGAUGGCUGUAAAAUUCCAAUGAAGAUCGAAUCUCUCGCAGGACUUGGCGUUAUUAAAGUUGAAUGCGGCAGUCAGUUCUCGGUAGCUUUGACAAGAUCGGGAGCAAUAUAUACAUGGGGUAAAGGAGACUAUCAUCGUUUGGGUCAUGGAACAGAUGAUCAUGUUCGAAGACCGCGUAAAGUAGCAGCCCUUCAAGGGAAAAAGAUCAUCUCGAUAGCAACAGGUUCAUUACAUUGCGUAGCAUGUACUGAUAAGGGAGAAGUUUUCACUUGGGGAGAUAAUGAUGAAGGCCAGUUAGGCGAUGGAACAACAAGCGCACUUCAGAGACCAAGACUAGUCCAUGCAUUACAGGGUAAAAAGAUAACUCGGGUUGCUUGUGGUAGUGCUCAUACUUUAGCAUGGAGUACAAUGAAAGCUACUCAAAGCAGAAUGCCUGCUACUACACCAAUGGAAUAUGAUUUGGUAAAGGAUUUACCUUUCCCUGUGUUACACAAUCGAUUAGUACUUCUUCAUCAUUUUGCCGAAUUACUGUGCCCAUGUUUGCCAAUGUUCCCAAUCACCGGUCCCGUCAGCUUGAGUAAAUUGGCUCCUAUGUUAGUAUACAGCAUUAAAGAAGCAACUUUUCGUAAAGUGGUUCAAGCAACAAUGGUUAGAGAUCGACAACACGGGCCAGUAAUAGAAUUAAAUCGAAUACAAGUAAAGCGAGCCAGAAGUAAAGCUGGAUUGGCGGGACCAGAUGGCAUUAAAUCCGUUUUCGGACAAAUGGUCUCUAAGAUGUCUUUGUUAACGCAAGAUGUGCUCUUCUUUCCUCAUAGGGUCUGGAAAGUAAAGUUUAUCGGAGAAAGCGUAGACGAUUGCGGUGGUGGUUAUAGCGAGAGUAUAGCGGAAAUAUGUGACGAAUUACAAAAUGGUUCUUUACCUUUGCUUAUACCAACGCCAAAUGGUCGAGACGAUAACGGCACUAACAGAGAUUGUUUUCUUCUGAAUCCAAUAGUCGAUUCGCCAUUACAUAUGAACAUGUUUCGAUUUCUUGGAAUUUUAAUGGGCAUAGCAAUAAGAACUGGUAGCCCAUUAAGUUUGAACUUGGCGGAACCUGUAUGGAAACAGCUCGCAGGUAUAUCCUUAACACCUGCGGAUUUGACCGAAGUUGAUAGGGACUAUGUUCCCGGAUUAUUAUGCAUCCGAGAUAUGGAGCCUGACGAAAAGGUAUUUCAAACUCUUGAAAUGCCAUUUUCCACACCGUCUGCUGUAGGACAUGACAUACCUUUGUCCAGCAGAUAUCGAAAAAUUACUCCAGAAAAUAAACACGAGUAUGUCCAGUUGGCAUUAAAUUAUAGAUUACACGAGUUUGAUGCUCAGGUGGCUGCUGUUCGCGAAGGAAUGUCAAAAGUUAUACCUGUACCCUUUCUCGCGUUGUUCAGCGGACCUGAACUAGAAACAAUGGUUUGUGGCAGUCCAGAUAUACCACUUACUUUAUUGAAAUCUGUUGCAACUUAUAAAGGCAUUGAAGCCACCGCUCCUUUAAUACAAUGGUUCUGGGAAGUAAUGGAAGAGUUCUCCAAUCAAGAAAGAUCUUUGUUUCUACGAUUCGUUUGGGGUAGAACUCGUUUGCCACGAACAAUUGCCGAUUUUCGUGGAAGAGAUUUUGUUUUACAAGUAAUGGAUAAAUACAAUCCACCGGAUCAUUUUCUUCCUGAAAGUUACACAUGUUUUUUCCUCUUGAAAAUGCCAAGGUAUUCGUGUAAACCAGUAUUGCGACAAAAAUUAAAAUAUGCAAUACAUUUUUGCAAAAGCAUCGACACCGAUGAAUAUGCUAGAGUACAAGCUGCGACCAAUUCAGACACCGAAGAAACGGACAGUCUUGCUAGCGAAGAGUACAUAUCGCUUUAAUAAAAUUGAUUCUGCAAUUUUUUUUCCUUACAAUUAACUUUCUAAUCUCUUCAAUUAAUGAACAAAAUUGGUUACCAAUUGGUAGAAUAAUAAUUUCUGUAAGCCAAAGGAAAACAACAAACAUCGCUUUCCUCAUUUUUGUUUCGAUUAAGUGUAAGAAAUAUUUUUGCUUGUAAAUUUGUGUAAUUUAGAUUUAUUAAGCGUAACAACUGUACCACACUCUCUCUCUUUCUCUCUCUCUCUCUCUCUC